AUGAGCUAUGUGAACUGCACCGAAGUCUCCCCGUUAUGUCCUGUCCAGGCGACAACAUACGGCUACUACCCGAAUCUGGGCGGGAACAUCUUCUUCGCCGUCUGGUUCGGCAUCUUAGGCGUCAUCCAGGCAGUUCUCGGUUGCUACUAUCGAUCAUGGACCUUCCUCGUUGCCCUCGUCAUCGGCACCUUCAUGGAGAUGAUAGGCUACGUGGGUCGGGUCGAAAUGCACUACAACCCCUGGUGGGACGGGAUGUUUGAAAUGCAGAUUGUCUGCUUGAUUCUCGCUCCUUCCUUCAUCGCGGCCGGAAUCUAUCUGACGCUCAAGCACAUCAUUUUGACUCUGGGACCGGAGCACUCCAGACUGAAACCGAAUCUGUUUACCUGGAUCUUCAUCGGAUGUGAUAUUGGCUCGAUCCUUCUCCAGGCUGCGGGCGGUGGCAUCGCAGCGUCUGCUGGGAAGACGCAACAAAACCUCUUGAAUAUUGGAGACGAUGUCAUGAUCGCUGGUAUUGCAUUUCAGGUCGCGACCAUGUCGGUAUGCGGGCUGUUGGGGCUAGAGUUCUUCAUCCGCGUUUGGAGAAAGGGGGGCGGGUGGAGCGAUCUAGGGGAGAAAGCGGUUUAUAAUACUGGUAAUGGACGAGUAAGGGAUGUGAGGCUGGUGUGCGCUGCAGAGAUCCUGGCCUAUGUCACCAUUUUGAUCCGGUGUAUCUAUCGAAUCCCGGAAAUGGCAGGCGGCUGGGGCAGUCCGUUGAUGCAGAAAGAGAAUGAAUUUCUUGUGCUGGAUGGAAUGAUGGUUGCCAUUUCCGUCCUCUGUCUCACGGCCUUCCAUCCUGCAUUAUUCCUGUCUAGCAUGAGGAAGGGCCGAAAGGGAGUUCAUGCAGUUCCAUGA